UGAGCUGAAACUUGUGAGGUUUGCAUAUGAUAUAUCAUUUCUUUGGCUACCCCUGAAUUUCUUUCUACUGAAUUGUAGGUUGUGGAUGCUAAUAGUGGGCAAGGUUUUUCCCCAAUUAAUCGUUCCUCUUCACAUUCAAGCCAACACCUUAUGUCUUGCCAAAAUGAAAGUAUUGUUUGGAUUGGAGGUGUCGGAUGGAGAGGGAGGGGAAGGGAUGGGGACAGAUGGCAAGGGAGGGAGAGCGAGGGGAGCUAUCUCCUUCCUCCUGUUUGGGUUUCCAAAGAGGCAAAGGGGAGGGAGAUGGACUGAUUUGGACUCCCUCCAACCACCCUCAAAUCUGCAGAUUUGCAAUCCGCCCGAUUUGGAGGGUUUGGGAGGGAUUUGAGUGACUGUUUAGAUUAAAUUAAAUAUAAUUGC